AUGCUGUUAAUUGAUCACGCGCAUCGUACCAACGGUCACCCUGUACCCCAAACGUUGCUAAAUAUUUUAUGUCAAGAAUACUGGAUAAUGUCAGCUCGCAGUAUCGUCAAGAGCAGAUUACAUAAAUGUAUACCGUGCUUUCGUGCCAAACCACGGAUUAUACAGCCAAUUAUGGGAAAUUUACCGAGACAUCGAUUGAACGAAGUUAGGCCUUUUGGCAAGUCUGGUGUGGAUUUUGCCGGGCCGUUCGAAGUAAAAGCUGCGAUGUUGCGGAAAAUUAAGGUUACUAAAGCCUACAUCUGUAUUUUCGUUUGUUUGGUAACAACCGCCGUCCACAUCGAGUUAGUGUCCGACCUGUCAAUCCCUAUGUUUUUUGCCGCUUUCAACCGAUUCGUGUGCAGAAGGGGUAAAUGUACAGAUAUAUUCAGUGACUGUAGCACUAAUUUUGUCGGAGCCCAGCGAUAUUUGAAACAAAUAUAUGAUAUGACCCGAGAGACGAGAUUUAUUCAUAACAUAAGUCACCAUCAAAUUCAAUGGCAUUUUAACCCGCCUGCUGCCCCGUAUAUGGGAGGCAGCGGUGAACUCUGCCAAAACCUUGCUGCACCGAAUCAUAUCUGA